GACACAGUCUUCGGAGCUCGCUCGGACUUGCGAAGUUGGCGCGUUUGCAAUAGUUUUUAAAUUAAAAACUUGCGGGCUGAAAUUAAAACCGUUUCUUUAUUGUAAAUAAUAAAGUAACUCAAGGUUAAAAAUGCUGUGGCCGGCCGCCGCGGGUGAGUUCAUCGCUGAAAACGCUCAGCAUGUCAAGAUACACGAAGAGGGGCUUGAUAAGCUGUGUAAAGAGAUGCUAAGGGGCCUAGAGAUCCCAGACACGGGUGCAAACAUAAUCCACCCGUCCAAGGACCACCCUCGCGCCGUAGACUGGGUGUUUGUGUGUGAUGCGCUUAACUUCUGUUUCUGGUCAUACUCCGGGGCUGAGAAGUGGACGGUGGACGGUCAUUCAGGGUAUUAUGCUUUGGAGGCAGCUUUGCAUAGAGCUAUUAAGGAAGGCCACGACAUCACAAACCCAGAAUUCUACUCCAAAAUAACCUCCGACCAGCUCCAUCACAUAAUGCGGGGCGACAACGUCGUCCAAAUCCCACUAUUCAACGAACGACUAUCCGUCCUCCACGAAGUAGGCUCCAUCCUACUUGCGCAAUACAACGGAACCUUCGAAACUUGCGUCAAAAACGCUAAAAAAUCUGCUGUGAAGUUACUUGAAAUUAUAGUUGAGAAUUUUCCCUGUUUCAAAGAUGAGACGACAUAUAAAGGGCAAAAAGUUGGUAUAUACAAAAGGGCACAGAUCUUAGUGGCAGAUAUAUGGAAUUUCUUUGAUAAGGAAGGGUGGGGGGAGUUUGAAGAUGUAGAUAAGAUGACGAUGUUUGCGGAUUAUAGGGUGCCGCAGGUGCUGGUGUAUUUUGGGGCGUUGAGUUAUAGUGACGAGUUGAUGGAGAAAUUGAAGAGAGACGAGCUCCUCCCAAGCGGCUCCGACCAAGAAGUAGAAAUCCGCGGCUGCUCCAUCCAUGCCGUGGAACUGCUGAAGAAGAAGCUAUCUUCUAGCACGACGCUAGAAGAUGGUAAGAAGCUCAACUCUAGCUAUAUUGACUAUUAUCUGUGGUGCUACCGUCGUAAGUAUGCUGAGGAAAUGGAGAAAGUGCCUUUUCAUAAGACUUUGGGGAUAUACUAUUGAGGUACCACUAUGUGUCCCUAGUGUAUUGUAGAUUGGCCCCUUGUAUCUCUACGCACUGAGAUCAAUAUACUGUAAUAUUUACCCGCUGAAUCAAGCGAUAGAUUUAUAAAAAUAAAACAUACCUAGGUAGGUAUGUUUCGUUGGCCAUUACGGUAAUUUUGUAUAUUUACUUAUGUAACUUGACUUAUUUGAUGUUAUCUGACAUCAUUAUAUUAUUUUCUAGACUUCAAUGUCGAUAGAACUCAUAUCAGGUUAUGGGCCCAGACCGCUUUCACGUUUUACUAUUCUGAAAAUGCUGGUAUAAAUUAUAUUUCCUGAUUUAUGUAAAUUGCUUGAGUAUUUACCUCAUAGUUAUUUGUUGUAUACAGAUAUACAGUAUACCUACAGUUAAACACUUUUUUAAAACUUUAUUACCUACUUGUAUGAAAUAUUGCAUUAUUAAACAAUUAUUGUUGUUGGGGUCCAUAGGGUCUAUUUUAUUCCAUUUUACUACAGAUGUAUUAUUAUACAUUUACUUAUGACAAUAAUUUAAGUUAUAUAAUAAUUUGGUAUGUAAUAUGUAAAUAUACUCGUAUGUAAAUUAAAAAACGAUUUGUAUAAUAUUCUUUAUUACAAUAUACACCCUUACACAUAUAUAUUUAUUCAAACGCUUAGCGUUUACAAUAAUUAUUGAUUUUAUCACAUUUUAAUAAUAUAGAUUACUUUACAGUUGCCUAUUUUCAUUAAAUAUGGCCGAAUUAAAGAAGGGAAAUGUAAAAUAGCAUUAUUGCACCUUUUUAUACCUUUAAGAAGCUCAAUUUAUCUUUAGACCGCCUUAUAAAUCUUAAAUUCAAUAUUAUAAGAAACAAUCUUACUUAUGAUUGUCAUUUCUCUGCAUUUGUUUGUUUGUGGUUUGUGGCGUAAGCGAGAGCCUGGCAACCUGUCACUGCAAUGUCACAAUUUCGUUUUAUUUCAACCCUAGAGUAGUACUACUGA